AUGUCAAUUAUUCUGAGAUUUGUUGAUUGUUUGGGUAUUUUACGAGAGCGUUUCUUUGAUAUUGUUAAUGUUCCAAAUACUAUUGCUUUAACAUUAAAGAAGAGCAUAUCAGAUGUUCUUUCUCGACAUAAUUUGAAUGUCACUAAUAUGAGAGGGCAAGGGUACGACGGUGCUAGUAACAUGUCUGGUGCUUGGAAUGGACUUCAAGCUUUAUUUAUUCGAGAGUGUCCAUAUGCAUAUUAUAUACAUUUCUUUGCUCAUAGGUUGCAAUUAGCAUUAGUUGGAGCUUCUACAAAAGAGAUUUCUGUUUGGCUAUUCUUUUCAAAAUUAUCCACCAUUAUUAAUCUUAUUGGUUGUUCUUCCAAAUGGCAUUCUGAGUUACAUUCUGUUCAAACUAUUGAAAUUGAUCGUAUGGUUACUUCGGGUGAACGUGAUACUGGUAAAGGAAAUAAUCAAAUUGGUAAUUUACAUCGUAGUGGAUCUACUCGAUGGAGCUCUCAUUUUGAAUCUAUUUGCAGUUUAAUUGAUAUGUUUGGUGCAACUAUUUUUGUGCUUGAAAGUAUUGUGGAAGAAGGAUCGUUUAGUUCUUUACGUGGAGAAGCAUGUGGUUGUCUGAUAGCUUUGAGAUCUUUUGAAUUUAUUUUCACACUUUAUAUGAUGUACAAAAUUAUGGGAAUUACAAACCUACUUUGUCAAGCUUUGCAACAAAAAUCUAUUUAUAUUAUAAGUGCCAUGGAUCUAGUCUCAACUACUAAAAGACUACUUUUCAAUUUAAGAGAGGAAGAAUUUGAUCAACUCUUGGAGUCCGUGCAAAUGGUUUGCACACAACAUGACAUUGAAAUUCCAGAUCUAAAUGCUUCAUACAAAAGUGCAACAAGACGUUCAUGCCAACAAAAAGAUUCGUUGACAAUUCGGCAACACUAUCAUUUCAAUGUCUUCAAUUCAGUUAUAGAUUUUCAACAAGAAGAGUUGAAUUCCAGAUUUUUAGUGAUGAAGCAGUAG